UGUUUAAAAAACCUGAAAUUUCUUGAUUAUAAGUUUGUCUUACUGUUUUCAAUCACCUACGAAGAUGCUAGGCCUGUCGGCAUUCUGCGCAAUAUUGGGUCUUGCCGUUGCGACUCCAGGGCUAGAUGGAUUCGAUGAUGUUGCAAUUAAAGAUGCAAUAGAACGCCAUGUUCGCAACAAUUACAUGGUGGACUUUGAUAGGUGGGCACAAGAGUAUGUCAAUCAACAGGCUAAUCAAAACAACCGUAAGGUGUCGUGGUGGGAUCUGUAUGGUAACCAUCAACAUCUCAAAGAAAGGCCAGAAUAUCAUCGGUACAAAAUUGAGGUAACCACUGGACCUGUCUUAUACAAACCAGUCAGCAGACAACUUGAUAGACCUCAGUCAGUUUAUACUAAAUGGUAUCACAAUGACCAGGCUAAUCAAGAUAUUACCACAGUCAUCUCCAAGGAAAUUCAGAGACAGUCUUCGUUUACUUGGUCUUUGCAGCAAGGACUAAAGAUUGCAACAAAGGUAGAGGCCAAGGCUGGGAUUCCCGAGGUUAUUGAUGUCAGUACGUCCAUCAGCACGGAACUGGACCUUAGGGCCAGUCAGGGAAAAACCACUAGUGAGAUAGACACCUUUAAGAUUUCAUACACUCUUAAGAUUGAUCCAAAGACUUCCGUAAAAGCAGAAUGGGUGAUUACGGAACGAGAAAUUGAAGUCCCCUGGGAGGCAGAUAUAUCUAUAGAUGGUUGGAUCGCUAUUUGGUUCCACGAGAAAUGGGAGGGACACUGGCUUUGGUUUCACCCUAUGUGGAUGUUGAAAAAUGAAUACUUUCAACAAAAUGGCGACGGUCUCAAAUUUAGGGCUCAUGGACUAUUUCGUGGAGUUCGUGGGAUCGACUCAGUAAUUAGAACCUAUGAAUAUCCUUUACAAAAACCGUAUUCAGACGUUACAGGUGAGCCUUUGUCUAAUCCCGGAGUUCCUCGUAGGGUCAAGACCCAUCAUAUUCCCCAAGGCCGUGAGCAGAAGCAGCAUGGUGCUCUUGGAGAUUAGGAAACAGACAGCCAUGUUCCAUUCUAACGUUUCUACUUGCUCGUAUACUAACUAAAACCUUCUUGACUUUUCAUCUCAAUGUUAAAAAA